AUCUAGAGCUUGGCUACAGGACGUUUGUUAUCUGACAAGCCACGCAAGUAAAGUUAUGCCUAUGUGGGGAGAGCAACUUCAACAUGCGAUGCGCAAGAGUCGCCAGAUUUACGAUAUUUUGACUAUAUCCCAGCUGAAGAAAUCAGAUGAUAUAUUAUUUGCUAAGCAGCAUGCAGCUGGUAAUAUAUUUAAAAGGCCGCUGACACAGCAAUUUUACCAGGCUAAAAAGCAACUAUUGCACAAGGAUCUUAGAUGCCUAUUUGUAAUUUCUGUGUUAAAUGGCACAGUGCCCGUUUCGGUGUUUCCAAAUCUACGCAAUAGAAUCUAUGACACUUUGCAGCAACUCUGGCUGCUGCUUCUAUACAUCGGCAUAUGUAUAGCAUCUUUCUAUGAAUUGGCUUAUGGUCCUUUGAAGCUCAGCGAUCUUGAGCAUAACUUUUAUUUAAUCGAGGCCUGCCUGUAUUUCAUUCAACUGCCUUGCAUAAUGUUAUUUUGCGUGCGCUGGCGGCAUAAAAUAGAAGCUGUCCUUGUCUGCAUUGUGGAGUUUGACCUGGCAAGUGGAUAUGGCUGGGCGCCUGGCAGUAUGCAACGCUUUGUGCGCAGGCAAUUCUUGCUGGUGUUGCUCUGCUUGUGUCUUUGCAUACCUCUUGUUAUUGACUAUAGUGAAUAUGAUUUGAUCCAGUCAUUGUGCAACUGGAGCACCUAUGUGGCACCCAAUGCCAUAAGUAACAGCUCACUAGUGUGUUACUACACACUACUGCAUGGUAUUUUUAUGCGACUGCAAUGCUUGAAUUCAACGCUAGAGGCACAGCUGGCAGAGCCAUCGUCUGCACUGGAAUUAAGACGUCUGCUGCACAAGCUACGCUGGCAACACAUACAACUUUUAAGUUUUACAAAAGCAUUGAAUCAAACAUACGGCGUUUGUCUGCUGCUAAUCUAUACAAGUUCUUUUGUUAGCUCUAAUUGCAUGAUAUUUUUAUGCUACAAGAGCAUAGUAAAUCCUAUCGAUGCCAACUGGUCUUGGUAUGGCUAUAUAAUAGUAUGGGUUAGCAUGCAUUGGGGCAAAAUGUUUGGAAUCUUAUAUUUCAACAAUGCUGUGCAAAAAGAGCAAACUCGCAGCUUAAGUUUGUUAAGCAAGCUGCAAACAGAUUGUGUGCAAUUGACUGAAACUAUUAAUCAUUUUGAGCUGCAGCUAAAAACGGAUGUACGCGCUCAUGUUGCUUGUGAUCUGAUUCUUUUGGACUUAAGAUUUAUAACAGGAGUAAGUUAA